AUGUCUUCCCAGUGGCCAAAUAGGGUGCAACAUCUGCUUGACACAAGAAAUGGCCAAGAAGAGGUAGCGCUUAGUACACUACCCAGCAUACAUGAGCCAGAGAACAAUGAUACAAGCAACGAUAACCGCUCGCGCCAAAGCGACGAUAUAGAUCCCCUACAUUUUGAGCGGCCUGUUUUGAACCGAGACACAUCAAGACUCAGUGCGGAUCCUUCGCGCGUCUCAAAACCAAGCACGCCGAAUAGCUGGGAUGCCUCAAACUCUGUCCACGACUCCAGAUCUGCUACCACAGAUCACUCGAAUGGUUUGGGGGCAAACGGUGAACCGAAAGCUGUAGUCAGACGCCGAGAGCGGCGAGUGGUUGUCACGCCGAGUCAAGACAGACUUGUACACCGGAGGCUUCGCGGCAUCCAUCUUUCGAUGAUUGCUGUCAAUGCGACGCUAGGCACGGGCUUGUACUGGAGAGGCGGCCAAAUUCUUGAGCUGGGCGGACCACUCUCGACUCUGCUAGCGUUUUUGGUGCCAGGCAUUCUCGCGUGGGCAGUCAUGCAGUGCAUCACAGAGAUGCUGUGCAUCUGGCCCGUACCGGGAGCGCUCUCCGUCUAUGUGAGCGAGUUUAUAGACCCGGAGCUGGGCAUUGCGAUUGGUAUAACAUACUGGUUCACAUAUGCGGCUUCGUUUGCGGCUCUUGUCGCCACUGCCGCUGCCGAGAUACACUAUUGGAAGCAAGACGACAAAGCUUUUGACGGCGCCGUCUUGUACUUCCUAAUCCCACUGUUCCUGAUCUUUCUCAACUGCUUCAGGAUUGACAUCUAUGGAUGGUUCGAAGUAAUAAGCAGCAGUAUCAAAUUGGUAUUUCUAUUGAUUGUCAUCUGCUUCAUGGUCACUAUCAACGUAGGAGCCGGCACUGCCAACGAAGCCACUGGCACCACAUAUUGGGAUCGCCCCGUCGAGUAUGAUAGCGACGCGGCCGGAACCUGGUUCAAUAGCCUGGCCAUGUCCAUUUCCAUCGCCAGUUUCGCCUACGUCGGCGUCGAAGUCGUGGCCGCCUCCGCGCUGGAGGCGCGCUGGCCCAACGCAAACGCACGAACAAAUACCGACCUCAGCGAUCGCUCCAACGACGAGCUGCUCAUCGGCCAGACCGUCCGGUUCUCGUCCGUCUACAUCCCUGUGCUCGCCACCAUCUCAUAUGUCGUCGCCGGUGUCCUCGCGUCGUUCAACAUUCGCCGCGGCGACUGCCGCCUGCCACGACUCAGCUGGGUCAACAGCAGGGAGUGCAACAGCACCAGCCCCAGUAACAACCACACCACUUACGGCACCGGGAGCACGACGUCUGCCUUUGUCGCCAUCGCCAUCGAAGCGGGCCUGCCGCCGCUCGACCACGUCUUCAACGUAUUUCUCGUCUUCACGGCGCUGACGUGUGCCUGCACGAACCUGUACGUUGCCUCGCGCGCACUCUUUGGCCUCACGGCGCGUCUGGACGACUCGCCCGACCAGCCACUUCUCUUGCAGUGGCUCGCUUGGUUUGGCAAGACAAACAGGCACAUGGUCCCGAUGCGGGCCAUGAUCUUCUCGGCCCUGUCGUUUUGCUGGGUCCCAUUCCUGCAGCUACACAAGAACUCCACCAAUAUCUCCCUGUUCAUCGAAGUCCUCACGACAAUGGGUUCCGAUUCCGUCAUCAUUGUCUGGGCGUUUGAGUGCUGGGCCUUUAUACGAUACUACCAUUGCAUCCACAAGCAUCGCGCGGUGCUAGAGGCAUUGGAGCUUUCUCAGCCUUUCCUGGGCUACAUGGCGCUCGCGGGGUGCCUAUUUGUCUUGAUUGUAGCCAACAGCGCACUCAUGUGGAAGAGAUUCCAUCCAACGCCGUUUUUGUCCACUUUUCUCCUGCAAUUUGUCUUUUUCGCGGUGUGCAUUAUUUUGAAAGUUUUCCGUGGCGGCAGUUGGUCGUUGGUGGAUUUAAGUACCGCGGAUCGGGCGGCGGAUAAAAUCAGAAAACUACAUGAUAUUCGACUAGGCGCUAGUUAG